AUGGUGGCACUACCGACACAGAAUCAGCUCUACGCUUUUUACAUUUCGCGCUGCGCACACCAUCGAGUGGGGAAGCCAAAUGAACAAGUGCUUGAGCUCCUUUUAGAAGAUGAGUUUAGCCGACUUUCAUGGCAGAAGGCUGAAGCUGCAGAGCACCUCAUCUCCCUUGAUGAACUGCAUGAUAUGGAGGGCGAUAGCCCCUCGACUCUACAAAAUAACGAUACACCAUUAGCGAUGAAAACGACCUUUAGGCUGCCGAACUCCUCAUUAGAUGAAGGCCCAGUUCACAUUGGAGCUCGUGGCAUGCUUUCUAUUCUAGACCUCAUACAGGAGCUCCCGUUGCUUGAGGAAGUUGAUUUAUCCAACGUUACCUCAUGGUAUAUCGCUGAUGCUUUUACUCAUACAAGAGAAGGUGCACCCUGUGGUAAUGCAGUAAUUAAGCGAUUAUGCGAGGUGAUUAAAAAUCUACCUGCACUGCGCAGGCUUGACGUGCGUACGCAGCCUAUUGGGACUCUGGCUGCGAACGAUUUGCUUCAUGCUAUUCAAGGCUGCCAGCGCCUUGUGGAUGUAUUUUUUUGCCGUAAAGCUGUGGAGAAUAGGUUGUGCCGUACCAUCGAUGAGGCUCUCGAUAAAAAUCGCGAGGCGUCGGCGCAGCUGCCCUCGCCUAGCCUCCCGGAAGCUUUACCACCAUACCUAUCUCGUAUCCUGACGUUGGAUCGCAAGACAUUGUGUGAGCAACAGCAGCUUCGCUGGCUACUCACGGAAGAUGACAACUUUACAGGCGCCGUGACUGAGGAGGAGCUGAGUGAGAUAGUUCUACACGCGCGUUUGAUGAGCACUAGCGAGGUUGUUUGGCGCUGCAGCAACGAUGGGUUGCGCGGGGAUGGCGUGCAUCUUUUUGUGAUAAAGGAUGGCUCUCUUCGGGCUUGCACUGAUCUAGAAGGCCUUAAGCUCGGUCGUGGCGACUAUUUUGGUGAUACAUACGAACAUGUGAUUAUAUAUCCAUCGAGCAGGAUUGUCGAGACGGAGCGAGGCAUCGUGUACGCGAUUCCACUGGAGUGGUGCCGCAGCCUCUUGGAUGUGUGGAAGAAGCGGGUGUUCGAACUUUACUCUGAGUUGCGUUCAUUUCCGAUCAUGCAGGUCGUUGACACCUGGACGCGUGUCCGUCUCUGCACGUGUUCUAUGUUACAUCACUACAAGCCUGGGGAGGUCGUGCUGAACGUUGGCGACUUCAGGAAGGCCGUGUGGAUUGUCUGCAGCGGCUUUUUUGAGGCUUCGGCUGGGACAAUUGAAGAUAAGGUGGCGACUGGUCGCUACGAGAUCCACCGCUUUGUCAAAGCAGACGUUUUUGGUGUUGAAGCUGUUGUUGCUCGCAAGGGUUGUAGCUCUGUCACGGUGUCGGUGGGGAAGGAAUCGAAAACUAUUUACUCCGCUGUAGUGGUGUGCGGCUCCGCUAUUCGAAUUAUCUCAAACAGUAUACGAAGCGUAUUCGUAUCGCUUGCACGUCCCUACUCUCUCCAUGAUGAUCUUCGUCGUAUUGCCACAAAAGACUUGGAGCGCGGCGCCUGCUUUUCUAUUAUUUGA